AUGGCCGGAUCAGCCCUGCUGCGCAGUUCUGCGAUCGGCGGCCUGGUGCUGGCAGCCCUGCAGCUGCCCUGGUGCCCUCGCCUUUCUGUCUCAAAACAGCUCUUGGCCGGCUGCUUGCUGGGCUACCUGGCGAGCGUCCUUGACGGCUCGGAGAAGCGACCCGGCUGCCGCAGAAGCCCCUGGCUGCUCAGGGUGGUCCAGCGCUUUUGGAACCAGGUUCUGCCCAGAUUGUUCAACAUCGAUUGCAGCUUGGAGGACGAAGAGGGGCUUCGAAAGUGUGGCCACUGCGUCGUGGCCGUUCAUCCGCACGGUGUUCUCUCUUUGGGUCACUAUCUGGUGAUCUCUGGCUUCCAUCCAGAUCUUGAGAGGGCUCUGCCCGCAAGCAGACGCUGCGCCUUGAGUGCCGGUGUCUUGUUCAAGCUUCCUGGAGUGCGGGAACUGGCGCUUGGAUUGGGAUGCGUUGAUGCGCAUCGGGAUGUAGCCAAGAGGUGCCUGUCCAACGGGCUUAGCAUAUCUGUGGUUCCUGGCGGUGAGCGGGAGCAGCUUCUCGCGCAGCGAGGCAAAGUCGAACAGCUGGUUCUGGCUCAGCGGCAGGGCUUCGUUCGCCUGGCCCUUCAGCAUGGGGUGCCGAUCGUUCCAGUCUAUGUCUUUGGCGAGGCACAGCUGUUCAAGCAGUCUCGAAUCCUCAUGGGCUUCAGAUCCUGGGUGCAGCGCACUCUAGGUGUCGCUCUCGUGAUGCCCUACGGCCCCUGGGGCAUGCCGUGGCAGAAGUACCCGGAUCCUGUGCGGAUCGUCGUUGGGAAGCCUCUGGCCAUGCCAAGGAUUCCGGACCCCAGCAAAGCCGAUGUAGCGGAGCACCACUCCAAGUAUGUGGAGGAGCUGUGCAUGCUCUUCGAAAGGCACAAGGCCAGCGCAGGCUAUCCCGACUCCAGCCUGCAGAUCGUUUGA